AUGAGCACACUGUCAGAGAACUCACGUGCCCCAUGGCGCGAUCUCCUUGACUCUCAUCUCAAACAAACACCUGGAUAUGAAUUCACAGUGGCAACAAUUGGUUACAAUGCUCAACAACGUCCUGUGCCUCGCCUGCGGACUUGCGGCUGUCGUGGUUUCUUCCCAGAACUCGAGCUCCACCCCAAGGGCCAGGAAGCUAUGGAUCAGCAAGUGGAAGGCGGAGGUAAUCCGCCGGUAUUUGAAAGUGACAUGAUCUCAUUUACCACUGAUGCUCGAAUGGACAAGCUUCCUCAACUGGAAUCCUCGGGUCAUGCAAUUGAGGCCGUGUUCUGGCUGAAGGGUCUCAUGACUCAGUGGCGUAUCAAGGGGUCGGCAUAUGCAAUUGGCAACCCAAGUGAAGAGGAUGCGGAAGAGAAGAUAUCUCGAACCGAGAUAAGAAAAGCAUUAAGGGUGAAGGGGGAUACUGACAGCGACCUUACGAAGUGGACAUGGGAAAAGGCUGUCACAAAGUACUUUGCAAACCACUCCCCUGUUGCACGAGUGUCUGACACCGAGAUGCCCAACGAUAACCCUGCUUGUGCUGACUGUAAGGCCAAGAAGAAGCGGUGCAUCCACCGCAACCUACCUGCAAAGGUCACCAAGGCUGACGUCCCAGCCAACAUGCCUUCCCCCUCCGAUCCCACUCCCCCUCCCGUCCCAACCCCUGCUCCCACCUCCGCACCUGUCACUGCUCCCGGUGCCGCCACCAGAGGAUGCCGCAAGGUCGCUGAGGCCAAGCUCAAGGAGACGAGUCCCGCUCUCGCCGACUCCAGCGACGAGCUUUCUUCCGUGCCCUCCGAGACCGAGCAGAAGCCGGUGGCCAACAAACCCACCAAGAGUAGUCGCCGUGCCAAGCCCGCCGCCGAGCCCCAGAACGGGGCCCUUAACCUCCCCGCCGAUAACCUUCAGGCCGCUUCCACUAUGUCCGUCCACCGCAUCUGGGCCCGCCAGCUGCAGGACGACCUCCAGGAACUUGAGAGGAGCAUGGAGGCCUUCACCGAGGCUCACCAUGAUACCAUGGCUGCUGCCCAGGCCAUCCAGCGUACUGUCGAGGGCUGGAUUCAGACUUGGGCCGCCUCUGGUCGCUAA